AUGGGUUGUACUGUGUUAAGUUCUCCUGGAGAACAGUUGUUUUAUACCUUAUAUUUUAUAAUUCAUAUUCCGUUAACGAUUUUUAUUGAUUCAACAAUAUGUUUUUCCCCAAUGACUGAGACACUAAACAGGAUGAUUGAAUGGCACAUUUCAGAAAAUAACGAUUUCUUAUUGUUAGAAAAGCCAUCGUGGUUCUUUUGGAUGGUUGUUGUUGAGUUAAUAUUCCAAUUACCUGCAUUUUUCUAUUUCAUUAAGAAUAUGAAUGUAUUUAGCAAUGGGAAUGAUGAUUCUAAUAAAAAAAUUAAAGCAGAUAAAUUGAACAAACGUAAGAUUGUUGCCAAACUAUUAAAGUUAUAUGGUUUAAAUGCUUCAUUGACCUCAUUAUUCUGUAUCUGGGUGAUAUAUCAACGUGGUUACUAUCCUGGCAAUGGACUUCCAUUGAAUUCUAUGGAUAAAUUCAAAUUGAUUGCUUAUUAUACACCAACAUUCUUAAUCCCAUUACGUCUAUGCAUGUUAUAA